AUGUUUGAGGAGAGCAGCUUGUCUACUCCCAUGUUCUUCAUCCUCUCCCCUGGAGUCGACCCCCUCAAAAACGUGGAAGGCCAAGAUCCCCUACCGUACCUCCACCCAAAUGCUGAGAUAGGCUUCCUCACCAUCAUCUCAGAGAAGCUGUUCUGCACUGUGCAGCCCAAAGAGUCAGACGCUGCUGGGGGAGGAGGGGUGUCCAGAGAGAAGGUGAAGGGCAUCUUGGAUGAGAUCUUGGAGAAACUACCAGAUGGUUUCAACAUGAUAGAGGUCAUGGGUAAGGUGGAGGAGAGAACUCCCUACAUCAUUGUGGCCUUCCAGGAGUGUGAGAAGAACUUCCUCACCAAGGAGAUCACGCGCUCUCUGAAAGAGCUCAGCCUCGGACUCAAGUGUGUGUGCAGGGGCAUGCUGGGACACCCAGACGGGGAUGAUAGCGGACGCUCGUCUGAAGGAGCUGACCCCCAACAUGCCUGUGAUCUUCAUCAAGGCAGUACCGGUGGACCAUCAGGAGACCAAGAACGUGAACGACGAGUGUCCCAUCAACAAGACCUGUAUGAGGGGCCCCACCAUCUGGACCUUCAACCUCAAGACCAAGGAGAAGCCUGUCAAGUGGGUAUUGGCCGCAGUCUGCUUCCUGCUCAGUGUGCAACAGAGAGGAGAGAGAGAGAGAAACACAAAAACAGACUAAAGUACUUUCAUCUGAAAUACUUUAAAUAACAAAAACAUCAAUGUUGCUAAAAAAAACAAUGAUAUAAAUAUUUAUGUCAUACAUGUCUAUUGGAGGGAUGUGAUGCCGAUUACAGUUAUCAGUGAGGUAAGAGAAUGUGUGGGGGAGAAAGAUGUGUGCUGAGCUUGAAAACAGCAUGAAAAAACUCCACUGUAUCACAGUACAUCCUUCUCACUGUUCCUAGGAAGCUCCACUAGAGGGCAACCUGUACCAGCAUGGCUAGUACACACAGAGGCACUGUACAGUACACACCUGCCUGCACACACAAAUGCGCUCACACACACACACACACACACACACACACACACACACACAAUACCUCAGUGAUAACCCUUUGAAUGGGAAAGUGAGGUUUGUUUAUUGGCGAGUUUCCAGCCUACUGUUAGCACAGUGUAACAAUAGAACUCCUGUAGAUAAGAAAAUCUAUCUUUAACGCCUCAGCAAUUGUUAGAGCGAGGCUUGUUUUUUCCUCUCCCAGAUCACCAGAUAGCAGUUAAGUACUUCAACUACAACCACAGCCUUACAUAAACCAAGUUUCUCUUUUAUUUAUAUAUAUUUUUUUAUCUGGGAUCCUGAAAGGACUGAUCUCCAUAAUAUAUAAAUAACUUUUGGAUAGCUCAUAUUCUGAGCUAGCAAUUAAAAAAGUAUGGUCCACAGAUCUUAGUAGAUCUGAACAACCCUUUAACUGGAACAGAAUAUGGAAAAAUAUGACCUUGGCAUCCCGUAAGCCGAACCAUCAACUUAUACAUUUUACAUUUGUUCACAGACUGUACUUAACACCAAGGAAAAGUUUUACGAUUAAAUUGGCCCCAACUCCCAA